UAACUGAAGCAAAAUGAAUGUGUUAAUUUUGUUCCCAGCAUUGCUUUGUGCAAUGUACUUUCUUCUGGCAGUUGCUCAGGAGGAGAUAGCGACAGGACCCAAUAAUCCCUAUUGCCUGCCUCAACUCUGUCCUCGGGCUAAGCGUCAUAUUGCCUGUGAGAAGCCGCCAGCGGACGUGAACAAAGCGUGCAAUAUUCAGAAGAGCGAGUCAGUGAAUCUCACCAAAUACGUUGACAAUAUUCUCAAGGCGCACAACGAGUAUCGUCAGCGCUUAGGCAAUGGCCGGAAUAUGACUCUGCCAAGAGCCGCGCGCAUGGUUGUGAUGCAGUGGAGCGAGGAGUUGGCCACGUUGGCUAGCUACAAUGUACGCAUGUGCAAGGCAAAGCACGACGAUUGCCACAACACGGCCAACUUCAAGAACUCUGGCCAAAACAUCAUUAUGUUCAACAUGACUCGUCUGGUGGAAGAUGACUUGAUGGAGAAGAUGUAUCCCCAGCUAAUCACCAUCGGCGCUCGCACUUGGUGGUCGGAGCACCUCAACAGCAGUCGCAUGAUGACAGCUGCAGAUGUGGAACACAACCCAUGCUCCGCUAUAAAGCCCUACCAACAUCAAUCGUUUCGCCACUUUGCGGUGAUGGCCAUCGAAAAUAAUACGCAUGUUGGCUGCGCCGGGCUGCGAUAUGAGUCGAAAGAUAUAUCGUAUUUCAAGCUGACCUGCAACUAUGCCGAGAAUUAUAUCUGUGGUCGGCCGAUCUAUCAUUUCCGCGCCGUGGGUUGCACCACUGGGGCCAACGCACAAUACAAAGCCCUCUGCUCCAAAAAGGAAAUAUUUGCCUAAAUGCCUUACUGCCUAAAUAGCCCUAGAGCUAGAUAUAACAAUAUAUGUAGCCCUACAACGAACCGCAAAUAAAUUUAAAUGAGCAUCCGCUUGCUGUGUCGGAUUGUGAAAUUAA